AUGACGUUCAAGCGACUGUAUGUCGGUCUGUUGUGUUUCGGUCAUCUUUCGAAUGGCCUGACUACUAGUCGCAGACAUAAUACAGAGGCUACGCUUGGCAAGCCGACCUUAUACCAGUGCCCCCGAUUCCGCUGGUGGUGGCCAGGUGGUUGGAUUGAACCAGAAGAGGUUACUGAAGAAAUCCAAUCAAUCAUCAAUUCUGGGUUUGGAGGUGGAGAGAUUGGCGAUGUUCGUGAUAGCAUCAACGAACCAUCUGACCCUAAGAUAUACGGGUGGGCCCAGGAGCGAUGGAACAAAGGCAUCUUGGCCGCUUACACGCAAUCAAAUAAAAUGGGCGGCUACGUGGAUCUUACUCUUGGACCUCAUUGGCCUACAGGCUUCCCCGGAUAUACCCCUGACUCACCCGAGACCAUGAAAGAAUUGGUGCAUGGCCAAAUUAUUAUUCAAGCUGGAAAAUCUUACAAUGGCAGCCUUCCUUUGCCCGAAGCUGCUCCUUCUGGAAACUCAACGGUCAACAAUGUCAAUGCGACGUUGAAACUUGUGGCUGUCCUCACCGCAAGGACCAGCACAACUAACGUCUCGGCGUCAGUUUUUGAGAUUGAUCAUGAUUCAAUUGCUUUAGUUGCCGACAGAGUCUCUGACGAUAACACCAUCACUUGGAAUGCACCUAAUGACGGGAUGAACAGUGGAGGCCCUGAGCUUACAUACCCAUGGCCUGCAUACAUCGUUGAUCACUUCAGUGAGGCCGGAGUCGAAGCUGGAGUGAAAUAUUGGAACGAGAAUAUCUUGACCUCUGAGAUGCGAAGUGCACUUGCGAAAAGUGGAGGGUCCAUGUUUGAAGACUCACUGGAACUCAAGUAUACGCAAUAUUGGACAUUGAAUUUUCUCAAUGAAUUCAGAUCCCGCCGAGGCUAUGAUCUCUCCCCAUUUCUUCUCUACGUGUUGAAAGACACGAACACAUUCUCAGGAGACACUCAAGUGGCGGCCCAAAUAACGAACGACUUUUAUCAAACCGUCUCGGAUCUCUAUGUCAAUUACCGUUUGAAGCCACUCCAAAAGUGGGUGAAUUCGCUUGGAUUGAGACUUCGUAUCCAACCCUACACUGCUUCGUUUGACAGCAGUUUAAUGUCAUCCUUAUUGGACAUUCCAGAGGGAGAGUCUCUAGGAUUUGAUGGCACUCCAGAUUCAUUCCGUGUCUUGUCCACUGGGCGAGAUAUUGUAGGGGGUAUGAUCCUUUCGGAUGAACUCGGCGCAUACUUUGGUAAAGCUUAUGGUGUGACCUGGAAAUUCUUGCUCAGUACCGCUAACCAUGACAUGUCCCUGGGUGUCAACCAAAUUGUCAUUCACGGGUAUCCUUACCAAACAUCUCAGACAAGCUUGUGGCCCGGCUAUGCUCCCUUCACUCCUCUUGGCUCCACCUCUAAUGGCUUCGCUGACGCUUGGGGUCCGCGGCAGCCUCAGUGGAAGUAUGCUGCAAAAGCCAGCGGAUAUCUUGCGAAUGCUCAAAAGCUUCUUCAAGAAAGCGGACCAUCAGUAGACACCGCCAUUCUCAACGAGGACUGGGGCGUUACUGCUUCAUGGGACGAUACUAGUCUCAAUGCAGCAGGGUACUCCUAUCAGUUCCCAACCUCUGAGCUCCUAUUGUAUCAUGAUGUCGAGGUUCGUGAGGGAAGGCUCGCCCCGAACGGUCCAAAAUACAAAGCACUGGUUGUUAACAGCACAGCCAUGAAUGCUGAGACCGCUGAAUUGGUUUUGUCAUAUGGGCAGAAGGCCUUGCCUAUUGUACUUAUUGGUGACCUACCUACGACAACUUUCAGCUACUUCUCUGACGGAGAGGCGGAAACUCGCAAUAUGCAAAGAGUCCUGUCCAAUGUUAAAAAUCUCAAAACUACUGCGACAGCGACAACUAGCUCAGAUGUUCCGGCUGCUUUGAACAAGCUUGGGGUUACAUCUUUGGCAAGGUAUUCUUCAGACUCAAACGCCACCCUCACAACCCUGAGACGUACCAAGGAUUCAGGCUAUCUUUACUGGAUUUAUAACGAAGGCGAAACAAAGUUCAGCGGCUCUGUUCAACUUGAAGGUGAAUCCCAGCCAUUCCGAAUUGAUCUUUUCUCCGGAUGGGUCUCUGGUAUGCCAGUCUUCAGCAUGGCCGGUGGCUACACUUCGGUGGCCGUAAACAUAGCACCGGGCGCUAGCAUUGCUAUUUAUCUGGGAGAGAAUAACCCAUUUGGUGCCUCAUCUCUCGACACAUAUCUCGUUUCAACGACAUGCCGUAGCCAUGUAAGAGAUGGCUCGGUUUACAUUGCGUCAAAUGCAAGUUGCAAUGCGAAGACGAACACUGGAAAGAGUAUCAGUCUAUCUCCGGCAGAUAAUCUUCCUUCCCCAAUUUCUUCAUUCGCUUGGACUCUGUCUGUAGAGGACUGGGCUCCUGCUGUUGUCAACGAAACUGGAGCGGAUUCCUACAAGACGACGAAAACUAACCUUUCAUCCAUUGCCUUGAAUGGCCUCCGCCCCUGGAAUGAGAUUGAUGGGUUAGAGACCGCUAGUGGGAUUGGCACUUACAAGACUGCGUUCGAUAUCAACAAGAGUAUCGCAGAAACCCGGAUUUUACUGGAUGUGGGUAAUGUGGAAGGCACUUGGGGACUGGAGAUCAAUGGAAAAACGGUGACCGAAGUUGAUUGGCUCGGAGGUGAGCCUUUAGAUGUGACUGACUACAUCGAAAAUGGGAACAAUGAACUCGAGAUUACUGUUGCAACAACUCUUUGGAACAAGCUCAUGGAGACUUGGCUUGCUGUUUAUGGGUCAUCGGAUCCCCAGGAAAUUGGGCUGACCGGGCCAGUAACAAUAACAUAUAUCUCUGAGAAGCGGGUGAACUAA